AUGUUGAUCGUGUGGUUCUGCAGUUUCCAAUAUCGCAUGUACGGAACUUGUGAAAUCGACUGGGCUGAAGCAAACUUUUCUUCCAUCUGCAAGUCCUACAUUAUUUCUAUUUUCUUCUGCUGUUUCUUCCUCCCUGUGUCCAUCAUGUUCUUCUCUUACGUGUCCAUCAUCAAAAUGGUCAAGUCAAGCCACACCCUAGCUGGAGCAGAUGACCCAACCGACAGGCAGAGACGGCUGGAUCGAGAUGUUACCAGGGUGUCAGUUGUCAUAUGCACGGCCUUCAUUGUAGCCUGGUCUCCGUACGCUGUCAUUUCCAUGUGGUCUGCCUUUGGCCAUUCUGUGCCCAACUUAACCAGCGUCCUUGCCAGCCUGUUUGCCAAGUCAGCCAGCUUCUACAAUCCCAUCAUCUACUUUGGAAUGAAUUCGAAAUUCCGGAAAGACAUUCUCGUCCUCCUGCCUUGUGCCAAGGAGAGCAAAGAGCCCGUGAAACUGAAAAAAUUUAAAAACCUGAGGCAAAAGCAGGGGUUUACUCUUCAGAAACCAGAAAAAGCCCAUGUUCUUCAAGUUCCAGAUUCUGGCCCGAUGAGUCUGAUCAACACCCCACCCCUUGGGAAUAGAAAUUCGUUCGAUUUAGCGUGUGAUAAUUCUGAUUUUGAGUGUGUUCGACUAUAAACCGUUUGCUAGCUAAA